AAUUGUCGCCAGCAACGUCCAUAUAUGAUGUUGAUAAUGCUACUGACAAUCAAAAAUUGGAUACCCCUUCAUUAUCUGAUCCUCCUUUGUCACCAAUGGUUCCAUCCCUAAAAAAAGGCCUUGAAGAACAAAAGCGUGAUAGAGAAUUUCGAUUAUUAUACAAUUUACCUUCAUCUGAGCAUUUAAUGCAAGAAUGUGCUUGUGAUUUUUCAAUAUCUGAAGUGAAAGAAUUUUGGUCUGGUAAACUUCAGCUUUCUGAAGCUUACCUAGCUUUUGAAUCUACUGAUGGAAAAGGUUGUUGCUUAAUAAUACCAUUAUAUACUGUACGAAGAGUUGAACGUGUUAAUAGCAAGACCCAUAAUCUUGUUUUAUCUGUAUUAAAUUGGCAUCAAAUGAAAACUAUAUUCCAAUUCAAUGCCACAAAAUCUACUUGUGAAAAGUUUUGUAAUACUCUCAAAAAUAAUCUUAAAAAUCAACUUCGUCAUAUGAAGUCUUUACGACCUUUUUUAAGUACUUGUUUUUCCGAAGUUUUAUUAAUUGAUCCAAAAAAGGAACUUUCUACUGGAGGUUUGGGUUUGACUUUUGGAUUUCCUGGUGAAAUAUGGGAGUUAUGUUCUGGUGCAAUAUACCUAAGAUUCGUGAACAACGGGUUGUAUGAUAGAUUGCAUAAGGAAUAUGCUGGCAAAGUGACUCUCUCCACUGAAGAAAUCGAAAAAGAUUUAAACAGAUCUCUUCCCGAAUAUCUAGCAUAUCAAUCACCAGAAGGCAUUAAUAGAUUGAGACGUGUACUGACCGCUUAUUCUUGGAAAGAUCCAGAAUUAGGCUAUUGCCAAGCAAUGAAUAUUGUCGCAUCUGCUAUAUUAAUUUAUAUGAGUGAAGAACAAGCGUUUUGGAUUUUGAGCGUAUUAUGUGACAGAAUGUUACCCG